CAAGCGUGCUGUGGAGACGGGGCAGCGUUGUGUGUGUUCUUCUCCAUUGUUUUGCAGGGCAUCGUGGGCGUGAAGCGAGUGGGAGAGGGAUCGUCGCAGUGAGGGCACACACAAGAAUCAUGGCCAUGGCCGCUGCCCAAAGUUUGAGGGGCUCACGCCGCCACCUGCUGUCGUAUGUCCGCUACGGCGGCUCCAUCGCUACGCAGUCCGAGAGCUUCGUGGUCCGCCAAGGCUCUGCCAAAGUCUCCGAUCGCGUCUUGGAAAUGACCGCCAUUGACGAGGACGGCCAGCGCCACCAAAUCAAGGGCCUCACGGGGCACACGCUGCUGCGCACUCUCGUCGAGAGAGGGCUGUUCGACCCCGAGCGCCACCGCUUGGAGAAUAUCAAUGCCUGCGGGGGCGAAUGCGAGGUCAGUAUCGCUAAUGAGUGGUUGGACAAGCUACCUCCCAGAUCUGAAGAUGAGCUUGAAGUCUUGAAAGACAAGACGCAUGCGAAAAAAGCUGACCCACACGCAAGGCUGGGUUGUCAGAUCGUUCUUGAGCCAGAGCUUGAGGGCAUGGUGGUCUCUAUCGCUGAAGAGAAACCGUGGAGAACUUUGUAGUUCACCCCUUUACUUGUUGUUUUGCAAUCUUUUUAUGCUCUUGCUAGGUGAAUCACUCAUGGCAGUGAUUGUUAGUCAAGAGAGGUUAGAACAUCUCGCGGUAUGUCCUUGAAUGAGAGAUGUAAGAGAUGUAAGAGCUGAUUCUUGCAUUAGUUCGGACUUUUGUCAGCAUUCAGAACUGAUAAUGAAUAAUGCUUCACGAGGCUCUUUCUAACGGAAAGCCUGAGUUUUGAAAUGGUUUCUUGUGCUGGAGGAAGCACUUCCAAUUUUGAAA